CCUUUUCCAGGGGAUCUUCCCCACCCAGGGUCAAACGCAGGUCUCCUGCAUUGCAGACAGAUUCUUUACUGUCUGAGGCACAAGAGAAGACCAAUUUUAUACAGUAAUGACUAAUUUUGAUAUGUUCAGGAUAUUGCUGCCUAGUUUGGAUUAAACUCCAGUGACAGUAGACACUAUAUUGAAAAAUAAUGGAAUAGAAGCAUAGCAUUGAAUAGUAUUUACAUUAAUAGGUGAGUUGUUUAAUUGGUGAUAAAGUUUGCUUUUAUAUAGAUUUUCAGGCUUUAUAAUGUCAACUACUUGAAUGAAUUAAAUUAGUUUCUAUUUAAUAAUAUAGGUUACUACUAGUCUUUUUUAGUCAAGGCAACACAGUUAAACAAUCUGAGGAAUCACAGCAUAUAUGAAAACCUAAAAAUGUAACUUAAAAUACUUUGCAUUAAAGAAUGGCUAAAAUUAGUGCCUGGACUUUUUAUAUCUGCCAAGUGUGGAAGUGAUACUAAAAUAUUCUAGCAAACUAUGAGGGUAAUACAUUUGGAUUUUUGUUUAGGUAUUGAGAAAUGGCAAAAAGCACGAAUUUAAUUUUUAUCUGUACUUUGUAAAUGUUCCUAAACCUUUUUUUUUUUUGCAUGAACAUAUUAUUUUUAACUUACAAGUGAGAUGUGGAACUACCUGUGUCUUUAACUUUUUCCUUAAAAAUUUUUUUCAUGGCCUUAGUAGUGGUUUGCAAAAAGGAGCACAAUAUUGUUGGGUGGCUGAAAUCAAUAUUUUAUAUUGAUUGUAAUACGAAAGCAUAAUAAAAGAUAUAUUAUUUUGCCUUAGUAAAAUAAAAACGUUUCAUUUAUUUUAAUUUAUUUAUUUAAUUUUACUGCAAAUUGACUUUUUCAUUUAUCCUUUUUUAGGAUUAUUUUCAGUAUCUGGAGACUUUAUUAUCUAUUAUGUCUUUGUGUGAAGACAUGCUGCUUUGUAAUUAUCGCAAGUGUCGUGUCAAACUCUCUGGUUAUGCAUGGGUCACUGCCUGCUCUCAUAUAUUCUGUGAUCAGCAUGGUAGUGGUGAGUUUAGUCGUUCACCAGCUAUCUGCCCUGCCUGCAACAGUACUCUUUCUGGAAAGCUAGAUAUUGUCCGCACAGAACUCAGUCCAUCAGAAGAAUAUAAAGCCAUGGUAUUAGCGGGACUUCGACCAGAGAUUGUGUUGGACAUCAGCUCCCGAGCGCUGGCCUUCUGGACAUACCAGGUACACCAGGAGCGUCUCUAUCAAGAAUACAAUUUCAGCAAGGCAGAGGGCCAUCUGAAACAGAUGGAGAAGAUAUAUACUCAGCAAAUACAGAGCAAGGAUGUAGAAUUGACCUCUAUGAAAGGGGAGGUCACCUCCAUGAAGAAAGUGCUAGAAGAAUAUAAGAAAAAGUUCAGUGACAUUUCUGAGAAACUUAUGGAGCGAAAUCGCCAGUAUCAAAAGCUCCAAGGCCUCUAUGAUAGCCUUAGGCUACGAAAUAUCACUAUUGCUAACCAAGAUAGUACUCUUGAACCAUCUAUGAUUACACAGUCUGGUGUUUUUGGCUUCCCAUUAGGGAACAACUCCAAGUUUCCUUUGGACAGUACACCAGUUCGAAAUCGGGGUGUUGGAGAUGGAGAUUUUCAGUUCAGACCAUUUUUUGUGGGUUCUCCCACAGCACCUGAACCUGCCAACAGCUUUUUUAGUUUUGCCUCCCCAAAUAAUGAAUUAGAGCAGCAGCCAGUCUCUAGCAGGGCCUUUAAAGUAAAAAGAAUUUAGUUGAUCUCACACAGUUUUCUCUGUUCUCUUUCAGUGAUUUCAUUUAGUAAAUAAUCUUUGUUUUAUAUAGGAGUCACCAGCCUUUUGUGUUUGUACUGAGUCUUCAAAAGUGUCUUCACAUUUCCAACUUACAGGAGAUUAAGUGGCAGUGGGCGGGGGGUGGCUUCAGGUUUCCUUUUCAGUUUCUUUUAUUUGAGGCAUAAGCAUUUUAAACGCAAUUUUAGGUGAACUGUUGAGUUUUCACUGGUAGCAAAAAGCUUGCAAUAUUUUGGGGUAUUUGUAGAUCACCAUUUGUUUAUGUUCGAGCCAUUUCUGGCUGAGCCAUAUGUUUAAGUAUACUGUAUAAGCACCUCUGUUUUAUGUCUACAUGUCAGUUUGGGUUCUGGUGUAUAUAUGUUCCUUGACAUUUUUUUUUGUUGUUGUUGCAUUUGACAGUAUGUUUAUGUGAAAAUUUUGGUUUCAGGAACUAGUGAGUGAGCCUGUAGCUUGUUAUUUGGGAACAUACGUUUAUUUGUAUAUACUUAAUGUGUUUGCCCAUGUAUGAACUUGUUUGGAGGUAUCAUAUCAUUGAAUGAAGGUACAGUUUGAUGCAUGCAUGUUUAGUUCCUAUUUCUGUUUAAGAGUAAUUCACAUUGAUAAAGCUAUGUUGAAAGCUAACUUUUUGGCAUUUAAGAUAAAAUUACUUCUUUAUUGCCAGCUGUUUCCCUGGAUCUACUUAUUUAGGAAUGUACUUCUGCUGCAGAAAACUUGCCAAUAUGUUGUUGAUCUCAAGAUUAUAGUAAUUAAAAUACUUAUAAUCAUU